UAUAAAAGAUGCUAGCCCCUCGGCGGAAGCAAGCAGAAGAGGGAAGAGGCGAACAGGAGAGCCACCAGGACCUCUGAGAAGCCCAGAUACCAAGAGAGAAGAUGUUUCAAAUUGGGGGCCUCAUUGUCUUCUGUGGGCUGCUGGCCCGGACCACAGCCCUGCUGGACGCCUUGCCCUUGCCCCUGGACCAGACCCCGCUUUUGCAGGGGACUCCAGUCCAGGACCUAAGCCCCACAGAUCUUGCUGGAAGCUUAACGGAUGCCCUCAGCAAUGGCCUGCUCUCUGAGGGUCUGUUGGGCAUUCUCGAAAACCUUCCACUCUUGAACAUCCUGAACACUGGAGGAGGCACGUCUGGUGGCCUGCUUGGGGGCCUGCUUGGCAAAUUGACUUCAGUGGUCCCUCUCCUGAACAAUAUCAUUGAUAUCAAGAUCACUAAUCCCCAGCUGCUGGAACUGGGCCUCGUGCAGAGCCCCGAAGGUCAUCGUCUCUAUGUCACCAUCCCUCUGGGCAUAACCCUCAAUGUGAAUAUGCCCCUGGUCGGACGUCUGUUAAAGGUGGCUGUGAAGCUAAACAUCACUGCAGAAAUUCUAUCUGUGAAAAAUGAACAGGGGAAGACUCACCUGGUUCUUGGUGACUGCACUCACUCCCCUGGGAGCCUGCAAAUCUCCCUGCUUAAUGGAUUUGCUCCCCUCCCUGUUCAAAGCCUUGUCAACAGUCUCACCAGCAUCUUGACUGAAGUCCUUCCUGAGCUGAUACAGGGCAAGGUGUGCCCUCUGGUCAAUGAUGUUCUCAGCCAGUUGGACAUCACCUUGGUGGAUUCCAUUGCUGACUUACUGAUCCAUGGGCUGGAAUUUGUCAUCAAGGUCUAAGCCUUCCAGGAAAGGGACCCAGCCUCUGUUGAACUGGAAACCAGCUCCUGUGUUCUGGUGCGGGGACAGAAGGAAGCACCUUCCACGUUCAUAGAAGUGGAAUAUCUUUGGGCUCGGGAUGAAUAGUUACAUUUCAUAAGCAGCUGAAUGAUCAUUGUGAAUGUCUGUCUACCUAGUCGGCAACCUGAAGCACAGAAGGGCCUUCCAGACUGGAAAACAACAAUUAGGGCAUGACUGGUUUUGAAGAGAGUCCAGGCAUUAGGUCAAUACUGUGUGUCGCCCUUGGCUGAGGUCCCAAGAAUCAAGCUGAAUAGGGACAGGGCACACAUGCCUCGUAUCAUCAGCCCUGGUCCUGCCACCCUCUGACCGUGGCACCAAACUGCAUUCCUUCCUGGACACACAUCCACUGCCUGUCUCUGAGUACCAUUUUCCCACUGCUCCCCUGGACUUCUUCCUAUGGCCCACAGAUGGGUCUUCCCCUCUGCUAACAACCUCAGUUCCUAACUAAUUAAUCUAAAUACAAAAUAGUCAGACAGGCAGCCAGGUCAAUCAGAACACAUUCAUGGCUUGUAAACGGUGACAACAUUUUCACAUUUUAAAAACUCUCUAGAAGGAUGUCAGUGACAAUGGCAGAUGAAAGACCUCUGAAAAUUCUCUCCUACAGAAAAACAAUGAGAAAACUGCCCCCCUCCCCGAACUGUUAGAACCAGCUUUUUCAGAACUCUUGGAAAUUCACCAAAGGUUUGCAGCAAUCUGGGGUGUGUUUAUUCAAUAAAACUGAAUAAAAAUUCAAUAA